AUGUUAAACCUGAUUAACUACCGUCUUCGCAUAACUCUUGCGGAUUCGCGCGUGUUAACAGGUCAAAUGCUUGCUUUUGAUAAACAUAUGAAUCUAGUCUUAGCGGAUUGUGAGGAAUUCAGAAAGAUUAAACCUAAAAGUGGAUCAAAAGUACCACAAGGACAACCCGAACAGGAAGAAAAAAGAACAUUAGGAUUAGUUAUUUUAAGAGGUGAAACUAUUGUCAGUCUAAGUGUAGAAGGUCCCCCUCCUCCAAGCAUCGACGAUCCCAAGGCAAAGCUACCACAGUUACCUGGUGGUCCAGGAAUAGGUCGUCCUGCGGGAAGAGGUUUGCCAGUGGCACCACCCGGCCUAGCACCAGCAAGUCUUACUGGUCCCGUUCGUGGUGUAGGUGGACCCGCACCCGGGAUGAUGCAACCUAGAGGAGGAGCCCCAGCGGCCGCAGCAGCACCUAUAUCAUAUCGUCCACCAAUUCCCGGCCAAAUUCCUCCAGGAAUACCUCCAGGGAUUGCCCCAAGGCCAGGUGUGCCUCCAGUCAUGGGGGGUGUCCCUCCAGGUUUCAGAGGUAAUAUGGGUCCACCACCUGGAAUGCCUCCGGUAAUGGGUGGAAUGCCCCCAGGUUUUAGAGGAGCUCCACCACCGGGAAUAAGACCACCACCAAUGGGAAUGCCUGGAGGACCUCCGCCAUUUCCAUCUGGGGGUCGCGGUAUCCCUCCUGGUUUUCCUGUCCCCGGUCAAGCCCCCCCUCAAGGGUUUCGACCUCCACCACAAAUGCGUCCGCCACCCGGCGGCUCACAACCUGGCCAAGGUCGUGGUCAAUAA